AUGCUGUCUCACGCCGACCUCCUGGACGCCCGUCUCGGGAUGAAAGACGCGGCCGAGCUGCUGGGACACCGGGAGGCGGUCAAGUGUCGGCUGGGCGUCGGGGGCUCGGAUCCGGGGGGACACCCGGGAGACAUGGCUCCCAACUCGGACACGGUGGAAGGGACCACCCUGCUGCCGGGGGAGGACAUCACCACGGUGGGAUCCAACCCCAGCUCCCUAGCCGUCAGCGCCAAAGACCCUGACAAGCAGCAAGGCCAGCAGGGCGGCCAGAACUCCAGCCAGGCCGGGCAGCAGCAGGGUCAGCAGAAGCAGAAGCGGCAUCGCACUCGCUUCACGCCGGCUCAGCUCAACGAGCUGGAGAGGAGCUUCGCCAAGACUCACUACCCGGACAUCUUCAUGCGGGAGGAGCUGGCCCUGCGCAUCGGUCUCACCGAGUCCCGGGUGCAGGUCUGGUUCCAGAACCGCCGCGCCAAGUGGAAGAAGCGCAAGAAGACCACGAACGUGUUCCGCGCCCCGGGCACGCUGCUGCCGACGCCGGGGCUGCCGCAGUUCCCCUCGGCCGCCGCCGCCGCCGCCGCCGCCAUGGGGGACAGCCUGUGCUCCUUCCACGCCAACGACACGCGCUGGGCCGCCGCCGCCAUGCCCGGCGUGUCGCAGCUGCCGCUGCCGCCGGCGCUGGGACGGCAGCAAGCCAUGGCGCAGUCCCUGUCCCAGUGCAGCCUGGCGGCCGGCCCGCCGCCCAACUCCAUGGGCCUCUCCAACAGCCUGGCGGGCUCCAACGGCGCCGGGCUGCAGUCCCACCUCUACCAGCCCGCCUUCCCCGGCAUGGUGCCCGCCUCCCUGCCCGGCCCCAGCAACGUGACGGGCUCUCCCCAGCUCUGCAGCUCCCCGGACAGCAGCGACGUGUGGCGGGGAACCAGCAUCGCCUCCCUCCGCCGCAAAGCACUAGAGCACACAGUCUCCAUGAGUUUCACCUAA